ACAGCCUACAGGAGUUACGUGGAUGGACUAUUGCUCUUAGUCAGUCCUGCUGGUCCAAUAUAAUUUCGCCAUGUCUGCACUCCAAGUUCCGGGCAUCUCGUCCAAGGGAGGCGCAAAACCGAGCACCAGGCUCAAGCCGCCGCACUUCAAGCUCUCUUCCAUCAUUCGGCCCAAUAUCCUCUCGUUGCAGCCUUAUCGUUGUGCACGCGACGACUACCAAGAGGGGAUCCUGCUUGAUGCCAAUGAAAACAGCCUGGGUCACUGUUUGCCUGAGGGAGCAUCGGUCCCUCACCAAGCUCUCGCAUCAUUGUCAUCGUCUGCCCAAGCACAGGCUGGAACACAGAAUGGCAUGGCAACACCGAUCAACGGCGCGGGCGCGGCAGAUACGCUUGCGCUGCACCGGUAUCCUGACCCUUCUCUCUACAACAUUAAGCCUCGCUUAGCGUCCCUGCGCGGUGUGCCGGACGACUCGUACGUAUUUCUCGGUGUAGGCUCCGAUGAGGUACUCGACCUGAUUCAGCGCGUCGUCGGGCGACCGGGCAAGGACAAGAUCGCAAUCUGCCCGCCAACAUACGGCAUGUACUGUGUCUGUGCAGCUGUCAAUGACCUGGAAGUCGUUAAGAUUCCACUGCGAGUGGAUGUGCCGGCAGGAGAGGAGAAGCAGCGCUUUAGUCUUGACACGGACAAGGUCCUGGAGAAUCUUCGUGCGGACCCAUCGAUCAAGAUUCUCUUCUUGUGUUCUCCUGGCAACCCAACGGGCACACUGCUUUCCAUCUCAUCCAUUCAGCGGAUUCUUGACUUCCCCGAUUGGUCUGGUCUAGUCGUAGUCGAUGAAGCUUACAUCGACUUUGCCGAGGAGGAGGCUCGUUUCGGCGCUCGGUCGCCGACCUCGGAAGUGCCAGUAUCCGCUGUGGAGCUGGUACACUCCUACGCAAACGUGAUCGUGACACAGACCUUAUCCAAAGCAUUUGGCCUUGCCGCGAUCCGCCUUGGCAUCGCGUACGCGCAACCGCCAUUGAUACAGAUCCUCAACAAUACCAAAGCACCGUACAACAUCUCGGUGCCCACCGCUCAUCUUGCUAGCUUGGCGCUCUCAGACCCAGGGUUGGACAAGAUGCACGCCAACAUUCGCACGCUUCUUGCUAACCGCGACCGGCUGGCACGGGAUCUGCAGGCGAUCCCGUCCAUCGGGCCGAUCCUGGGCAACAACGAAGCGAACUUCCUGCUCGCUGUCGUGCUCGAUCGACCGCGCUCAGAGCCGGGUGCUCGCCCAGACAGUGCGCGGGCAGGCAAGGUGUACAAAGCCAUGGCCGAGCAAAAUGGGCUGGUCGUCAGGGAUCGGAGUAAAGAGCUUGGCUGCGAUGGCGCCUUGAGGAUCACGGUCGGCACAGAAGAGGAGAACAAGACAUGCGUUGAGCUUAUGAGGGAACUGUUGGCUUGAUACUUUGGGAUAUGCAUAGAAGGAAUCCAUUACACUAAUUCAGCCUGAUGCUGCCUCGUGGCACGAGACAUCUGUGGCGGAACAAUCAGCGGGCCAAUACUGCCGCAGAAAGCAUCUAAUUAUAGGUU